AUGGAGGCAGCGGCCGCUACUCCGCGUCCCCGGUUGCUCCUCCUCAUGCUGGCGGCGGCGGCCACGCUGGUCCCGGAGGCAACGGCAUUACAAUGUUUCUGCCACCUUUGUACAAAAGACAAUUUUACUUGUGUCACAGAUGGGCUUUGCUUUGUCUCUGUGACAGAGACCACAGACAAAGUUAUACAUAACAGCAUGUGUAUAGCUGAAAUUGACCUAAUUCCACGAGACAGGCCAUUUGUAUGUGCACCAUCUUCAAAAACUGGGCAUGUAACUACAACAUAUUGCUGCAAUCAGGACCACUGCAAUAAAAUAGAACUUCCAACUGUUGGGAAGCCGCCCUCCGGCCUCGGCCCCGUGGAGCUGGCGGCGGUCAUCGCGGGGCCUGUCUGCUUCGUCUGCGUCUCGCUCAUGCUGAUGGUCUACGUCUGCCACAACCGCGCCGUCGUCCACCACCGGGUGCCGAGCGAGGAGGACCCCUCGCUGGACCGCCCUUUCAUUUCAGAGGGCACGACGCUGAAAGACUUAAUUUACGACAUGACGACGUCGGGCUCUGGAUCAGGUUUACCAUUGCUUGUUCAGAGAACAAUUGCGAGAACUAUUGUGUUACAAGAAAGUAUUGGCAAAGGCCGUUUUGGAGAAGUUUGGCGAGGAAAAUGGAGAGGAGAAGAAGUGGCUGUUAAAAUAUUCUCUUCGAGAGAAGAACGUUCAUGGUUCCGUGAGGCAGAGAUUUAUCAGACUGUCAUGUUACGUCAUGAAAACAUCUUGGGAUUUAUAGCAGCAGACAAUAAAGACAAUGGCACAUGGACUCAGCUCUGGUUGGUGUCAGAUUAUCAUGAGCAUGGAUCCCUUUUUGAUUAUUUGAACAGAUACACAGUUACUGUGGAAGGAAUGAUAAAACUUGCCCUGUCUACAGCAAGUGGACUUGCCCAUCUUCACAUGGAGAUAGUUGGUACACAAGGAAAACCAGCAAUAGCUCAUAGGGAUUUGAAAUCAAAGAAUAUCUUGGUAAAGAAGAAUGGAACGUGCUGUAUUGCAGACUUGGGAUUGGCAGUAAGGCACGAUUCGGCCACAGAUACCAUCGACAUUGCUCCAAACCACAGAGUGGGAACAAAAAGGUAUAUGGCUCCUGAAGUUCUAGAUGAUUCCAUAAAUAUGAAACACUUUGAAUCCUUCAAACGCGCUGACAUCUAUGCGAUGGGACUAGUAUUCUGGGAAGUAGCUCGACGGUGUUCCAUUGGUGGAAUUCAUGAAGAUUACCAGCUGCCUUAUUAUGAUCUUGUACCUUCUGAUCCAUCAGUUGAAGAAAUGAGAAAAGUUGUUUGUGAACAGAAGUUAAGGCCAAAUAUUCCAAACAGAUGGCAGAGCUGUGAAGCCUUGCGAGUAAUGGCUAAAAUUAUGAGAGAAUGUUGGUAUGCCAAUGGCGCAGCUAGGCUUACAGCCCUGCGGAUUAAGAAAACAUUGUCACAACUCAGUCAGCAGGAAGGCAUCAAAAUGUAA